AGCAGCGAGCGAUGUCGUAGAGGGUUUGCAGUGAAGCAGAGUUUGGAGAUAGAGACGCAUGCUCAGAAUUAAGGAUACAAUUUAAUAGCGAGGCACGGACGUUUAUAGAUACAUCUAAAUAUACAGGUACGGGCAAACACACACAACCUGAAAUGGAAAGUGGGAGGAAGCAAGUUAUCAACUUCGGAGCUGGCCCUGCCAAGCUCCCGCAGCCGGUCUUGCUCCAAGCACAAAAAGAACUGCUGGAUUACAAGGGACUUGGAAUUAGUGUUCUAGAAAUGAGCCACAGAUCUUCAGACUUCAUCAAAAUUGUCAACACAACAGAAAAUGAUCUGCGAGAACUGCUGAAUAUUCCAGAAAACUACAAGGUAAUUUUUCUCCAGGGAGGUGGAACUGGUCAGUUCAGUGCUGUUCCUUUAAACCUUAUUGGUUUGAAAGAAGAGCGGUGUGCCGAUUAUGUGGUGACUGGAUCCUGGUCUGCUAAAGCAGCCAUUGAGGCAGCAAAAUAUGGAAAAGUGAAUAUUGUUCACCCCAAACUUGAUGCUUACAUAACAAUUCCAAGUCCAAGUAGUUGGAAUUUGAAUCCAAAUGCUUCUUAUGUUUACUAUUGUGCCAAUGAGACUUUGCAUGGUGUGGAAUUUCCCUUUGUCCCAGACACAAAAGGAACUGUGCUGGUCUGUGACAUGUCAUCAUGUUUUCUUUCAAAGCCAGUAGAUGUCUCCAAGUUUGGUUUGAUUUUUGCUGGUGCUCAGAAGAACAUCGGUUGUGCUGGAGUGACAGUGGUAAUACUCAGAGAGGAUCUCUUGGGAUUUGCACUAAAGGAAUGUCCAGUGGUGUUUGACUACAAAGUACAAGAGAGUAGCAAUUCUCUUUACAACACUCCUUCAACCUACAGCAUUUACAUUAUGGGCUUGGUCUUGCAAUGGAUUAAGAAAUGUGGUGGUGCAGAAGUGAUGGAACAACAGAGUAUUGUUAAGUCAAAGCUGAUUUACGAUGUAAUUGAUCGAUCCAAGGGCUUCUAUGUGAGUUUACCUGCUUCAAUUUACAGAAGUAGAAUGAAUAUUCCAUUCCACAUUGGAAAUGCUAAUGGGGACAGUAGUCUUGAAACUGAGUUUCUUGACAAAGCUGCUAAACGUAACAUGAUGUCAUUAAAAGGUCACAGGUCUGUUGGUGGAAUUCGUGCUUCCCUCUAUAACGCUGUGACAGUGGAAGAAGCUCAAAAACUGGCAGAGUUUAUGAUCGACUUUAUGAAGGAACAUCAUAUUUAAGAUAUUUCAGUUUUGGUUUUAAUGAUGCAUUAUAUUCCUACAACAGACUUCCAGGUUUUCAGGAAAUACUGGAAAAGUACAGAUUUGGUGUCGUUGGCAAAAAGAGAAACUUCUUUUUGAUUUAGCAUUUCUGGUUACACAACUAUAGAACUUGAAUACCGCUAAAAAGAUGCAUUUUUUUGACAAAGCUUUUCUCCUUGCACACAAAACUUACAAGAAUACCACUUUAAGGGAAAAUCAUAAUGUUGUAUGAGGAGAGCACUGAUUGGCUGACUGGCAAGUGGCAGCUGAUUGAUAAAACAUUGCCAUGGAGAGUGCACCAAUUGGUUGGCAGUUAACAGCUAUGCUUUCUUUGAAUUUCAAACCAGACAGGUUGACUGAUAACAUUGUCCUGAGAAAUGAACCUUGAAUGACUGUCAACUCAGCAAAAUAGCUGAUUGCCAUUCACUGAAUCAUUUUCUCAGGGCAUUGUCUUGAUCAAUCAGUCACUCUGCCUGGUUUGAAGUUUGGUGGUUGACGGUCAACCAACUAUUAGUUGGUGUACUUUCUCUCUCAACACUCCUACCAAUUAUCCAUUCUCUCUCAUGCUGUGUAAGUAUUGGUUUUCCUCUUAAUUUAGUAUUCUUGCAAAUUGUCCUGGUGAAUGCAACAUGAAAAGCUUUGACACUGUCUUUUUUACAGAAACAUUCAAUUUUAAAUUAAUGACAUUUUUGAUGUUGGCUUAUUGACCUUUAAACCUUGGUGCUCUGCAGAACAUUUCCAGCGUCUUUAACUUUUGCUUUUACUGUAACUCCUGUGUCAGGGUGAAAUACAUCCAAGAUUCUUUUAAUAUAGUAUGAUUUUUAAAAAUUUAGCCUCCUUUCCGAAUAACCAGAACAAACCAAUCAGUUUAUCACGCUCUCUCUCUUGGAAAUAAAUGACAAGUUAGUGGAGGAACCACCACUGAAUUAACCAAGAACCAAACUCAUUACAGAGCUUUUUUUCUAUUAUCUAUCCCUUCGAUCCAGACUGUCCCAAGUUGAGCUAAUCUUCUAGGUGUCUGAUUUUGUGGCAGUGGAACUCUGCAGAGAAAACUGUGGUUGCACAAUUUGUAAGUAAAAUAAGACAUGAAAACUAUGGAUAGAAUGUAAUAUUAUUCUACAUUGUGAAGUUGAUUAGAUCUGAACAAAUCUGUAUUUACCAAGGUUUAGAAGGAUGAAAGUGAUCUGACUGAAACUCCUAAAAUUAUAAUUGGGCUGGAAGUAGUAGAUGCAGGGAGGAUGUUUUUCCAUGUUUCUGGACUCUAGAGCUAGGGGACCCAGUCUUAGCGUAUGGGGUAGAGCGCUUGGGACUGAGAUGAAAAAACACAAACAGAAGUUGCUGCCAGACCUGCUUUUCCAGCAUCUGUGAAGAGAAAUCAGAGUUAACAUUUUGGGUCUGGUGGCCCUUCCUCAGAACCAAAAGAUCUCUUCAUUCCAGAGGGUGGUGAAUCUACGGAAUUCUCUACUGUGGAAAGAUGUGACGGCCAAGUCACUGAAUAUGUUCAAGAAUGAGAUUUUUAGUGUUUAAAAGGCAUUGAAAUGGGGAGAGAGUGGUAAUAUGACAUUGAGACAGAGGAUCAGCCGUGAUCAUCAUAAAUGGCAAUGCAGGCUUGAAGGGCUAAAUAACCUACUCCUAGUUUCUGUAUUCAAGACAUAAUGAAAUAGAUGUAAAGAAAGAUUUUAUCAGCUCUUUUGCAUUAGUUUUUUUUUAUUGACUGCUGCUCACUGAACUUGGAAACUUCUCAUUUAAAACAUUUUGACAUAAAUGGAUAGGCUGAGGCUACUUAAAACAUUGUAUUUUGCUUUGGCAUAACUUGGAACUGAAGUUAAAUUUGAUUUGGAAACUUCUUUUAGGUUAGGAAUUUUCUGCCAGGUGGUCAUAAAGCACAUAUGAAUAAUUGUACUAUAAGAAAACAGGUUCAGCACUUUCCAUUUUGAACUUCCCUGGCAUGUGCAAAUGGACAUUGAUCCAUCAAAAAUCGCAAACUUUCUUUCCUUUUCCUUGCCACAUUCCCUUUAACCCAACAGUGAUUAAUAUCUGAGUUUGCUUCCCAAGAUGUGAAGAUGUUCACUGAUUUCAAAAAGAAAUUGAAGGAGCAUUUUAAGGAAAUAAACUUUAAGGGAUGCUCGACAGAAAAGAGAAUUGUGACUGAUUUGAAUUGCUGUAUGGAGACUUGAAAGUGACAUUCUUCUGUGGUAAGACUCCAAUUAGGUCAUUUUAACUAUGCUCACGUCAAACUCGCCUGCUGGUCUUACCUAGCAUUAAACAAACAUAAUUUGACAUCUAAUCCAAUGACAUAACUAGUAGUGGAAAUCUGAGUAAAUAGUGGAUAAAUUUAUGAAUGUUAAACAUUAAACAUACAUAUCUAUUUAAAGGGGUAUGUGGAAUGAUUUGACCCAGAAUAAUUCAGCAAAUAUUCUGAUAAAACUGCAUUUUUAAAAGAAAAGCGACAUUGUCAGAAAGUUAUGGAAUGAUCUGAACUUUGAAAUGAUUUUAGAACAGGUGAAAAACAGUCAUGCUGCCUUCAGCAGGAUACGCAAAAGGAAACCAACUUUAAGUGAGCAGGAAUUAUUGUAACAAACUACUUUUGUGGCAUAUUUGUGGUCCAGUGCACAAGCACUUUUCAGCCAAGUAGCUGUCCCGUACACAUUCCAUGGUUUAGUGCAUGGUGUCUUGACUCCCUGCUGGUGAUUUCCUAUGGCACAACCUUCCUCCAAGGAAGAUUUUAGUGAGAGCUGGCAGCUAAAUGGGUGAGCAAAUUAUUACCCACACAAAGAGUUGAGUUGGCCUAAGUACUGAUUGGCUGGUUUGUAGCCAUUAUUAGGUCUCAGAUUUUAAAGGAGAGAAAAUGUAAAAGAAACUGAUUUUUAUUAAUUUGGAAAAAUUGAAUAUUUGUUUCCUAUGCUGUAUGCUCCAAUGAUCUGCAAAUAGCUCUGAACUUAAAUCUAGAAUAAAAGGUGCACAUCACAUGCCAGCAUGGUUUUUUUUUGGGCUCUUCAGGUCUCGUUCCAAUAUCUCAGGACUAUCGGCUAUCUGAACCUUAUGGAAAACUUAUGCUCUGGUUGGUGGGUCGAAGUGGGAAAUUGUGUGGCAACAAGCUGUGUCCAAUAAACUAACAGAUGUUUUUUAAAUGAUGGGAAGGCCUCAGUUUGAACUUAUGAUUAUGGAUAUUAAAUAAAGUAAAAUUUGCACAAAUAGAUUAGAAAAUUAAAUAACUCUCGCUAUACUAAUAAAGGCUUACUAGAUUUGAAGAGGAUUCAAUGAAAUUAAUUACCUCCACAUGAAAAGUGAAUGUGAAAAUAUGAAACUGUCUGACGGUAUCUCUUGAUAGCCCAUUCAAACACCCGAGUCAGAUUUUUUUACUAAGUUAUACCAUCUCCAGAGAAAUUGGAGAGAGGUUCCAGAUGUGAACAUCCCAUCCCCGUUACUGACCAAUGUCAUUUUCACUGGUGGGGGAGUGAGACAGGCAAGAUUCUCACAGGAGAAUCUCAACAAGACAAUUUGAAUUAGUGCUGAGUUCAAAGAAACUCUGUUCUUGCUAUUCCAAGGGCAUUAAUCUUCAGUGUGAGAGUCUGAAAUUUAUGGAAUUGCCUUUAACUUCAGAUGAUACUUGAAUGCUCUUGAAGGCAUAUAAGGUCAGUUUGAGAUAGUAGAUUCUCGAGCAUCUGCAGUUCCUGAGAUAACACGGUGUAGAACUGGAUGAACGCAGCAGACCAAGCAACAUCAGAAGAGCAGGAAAACUGACCUUUCGGGCCUCGACCCUUCUUCAGAAAUGGGGGAGGGGAAGGUGAUUCUGAAAUAAAUCGGGAGAGAGGAGGAGGAGGUGGAUAGAGGAGAGGAUAGGUGGAGAGGAGACAGACUGGUCAAAGAGGCAGUGAUGGAGCCAGUAAAGGUGAAUGUAGAUGAGGAGAUAGGUCAGGUCAGUCCAGGGAGGACGGACAGGUCAAGGGGGCAGGAUGAGGUUAGUAGGUAGGAAAUGGAGGUGUGACUUGAGGUGGGAGGAAGGACAGGUUAGGGAGGCGGUGAUGAGCUGGGCUGGUUUUGGGAUGUGUUAGGGGGAGGGGAGAUUUUGAAGCUUGUGAAGUCCACAUUGUUACCAUUGGGCUGCUGGGUUCGCCAGCGGAAUAUGAGUUGCUGUUCCUGCAACCUUCCAGUCGCAUCAUUAUGGCACUGCAGGAGGCCCAGGAUGGGCAUGUCGUCUGCGGAAUGGGAGGGCGUGUUGAAAUGGUCUGCGACUGGGAGGUGCAGUUGUUCAGUGCGAACCGAGUGUAGGAGUUCUGCAAAGCGGUCCCCAAGCCUCUGCUUGGUGUCCCCGAUUUUUAGAGGAGACCACAAUGGGAACAGUGGGUGUAGUAUACCACAUUAGUGGAUGUGCAGGUGAACAUCUGCUAAAUGUGAAAAGUCUUCUUGGGGCCUGGGAUGGGAGUGAGGGGGAGUGGUAGAGGUAUGGGUGUAGCACUUCCUGUGGUUGCAGGGAAAAGUGCCGGGCGUGGUGGGGCUGGAGGGGAGUGUGGAGCGUACAAGGGAGUCAUGGAGAGAAUGGUCCCUCUGGAAGGCAGAUAAGGGUAGGGAGGGAAAAAUGUCUUUGGUGGUGGGGUCAGAUUGCAGAUGGCGGAAGUGUCGGAGGAUGAUGCAUUGGAUCUGGGAGAUUGGUGGGGUGGUGUGUGAGGACAAGGGGGAUUCUGUUUUGGUUUUUGGUCAGUUAAAGGUCAGUUUAUGACAAUUUACUUCACCAUCCCCACCAUCUCUCUCAACUCCUGUGCAUUCUCUCAUUGCAUUUUGUAUUUUUAAUAUCUGGUACUGGCUGGAUAGAUGUUUCCUCCAAACAGCUAUUGGGACAUCAAAAGCCUAUGGGUUCAGGUCCCAGUGCAAACUCCAUUCCUGAGGCAUUGAUUUUUAUCCCUUUUGUUGAAGAGUGGCAAGAUUGAAUUAAUCUGACUGCUUGCACUCUCUUGGCUUCCUAUUUGACCCCCAUUGAGCGUCUAGUUACAUAUCUAGGCCAUCCUCUAAGACUGCCAAUUACCAUCUCUGUGACCUGUCUAUCCGUGCAUUUGACGGGGUCAUCUGUUGCUGAAGCCCUCAUUCAAAUCUCUGUAACAGGCAAGCCCCAAGGUAUCAAUGCUGUUCUGAUUACCCUCCACAGAGCUUCUCUUCCAAAACUCUGCCUCCUGAACAGCAGCUGUUCACCCAUGACUUUUUUGUACUCCCACUAAACUCUUAGCGUAAAGUUCAGAGAGACUUGAUUUUAAAAGGUUGAGUUUGCUGACUAUAACUGCAGAAGGCACACUUCUUGUGCCACCUUUGAAGUCACAGAUCUAAUAAAGGUUAAAUAAAAAGUACGGCUUUAAUUUCUGAUAUUUUGUCGUAUUAGCCUAACUACUUGAUUGGGUUCUCUUCAGUUGACUGUCUUCUCACAUUGCUUUAUGUAUGAAUAUAUUAAGCUAUAUUAAAACAUGUUUUAAACAGUU